ACAGGUGAACGGAACGUUAUAUCCAGUCAUUUCACCAAGAUACCUGCAUGCCUUGAAUUUGAACUAAACACAAAACGGUUCCAAUGGGCAAUCUUCAAUACUUUCUUCGUUGCAUGCACAUGACAUAACACAAUCAGUUAACAAGCAUUUUCAGAUGCCUUUCCCGAAACGAAAAGAAACUUUCAUGUCACAACAAUACAAGGCAUUCUAAGAAUGACACUCGCUUGAUCAGUGUCAAUUAAACUAUUCGAUGCAUCUGUGACGCCAAUCUUAUUCUUGCUUUGUUGUACAAGCGUUAAACACUUCCCCUGCUCUUGACUGUACCACGAAAAUUAAAUAUCCAUACGAGUCAGUGCCGUUCACAGUCCUUCAAUGUAUUAAACCGCUUCAAGCUCUCGGCCACACCCAAAUCUUAAAUUAUUCUCCGACCGUAACCCCGAUAAAAAUUCUGCAUACUUGAAGAAGACGAAAAAAAAAAUCAUUCCAAUACUUAGGUAACCACAACUAAUUUCUUCAUUCAGUGAAAAGUUCCUGGGCAGAGCAGACGGACAACUUCUCAGCAUCUUUGUUAAAUUUUGGCGGGAAUUUCUUUCAGCACUAUGAGUGGACGCGGGAAAGGCAAGCCAAAGUCUACCAAGUCAGUCACCCGCAGCUCCCGGGCUGGUCUUCAGUUCCCUGUCGGUAGAAUUCAUCGGUUCCUCAGAAAAGGCCAGUAUGCUCAUAGGAUUGGUGGAGGAGCGGCUGUAUACCUAGCUGCUAUACUCGAGUACCUCUCGGCAGAAAUCCUGGAGCUUGCCGGGAAUGCAGCCCGGGACAAUAAGAAAUCUCGAAUAAUCCCGAGACAUCUCCAGUUGGCAAUCAGGAAUGACGAAGAACUCAACAAACUCUUGAAUAAUGUCACUAUCGCAUCGGGUGGAGUGAUGCCCAACAUUCAGGCAGUACUCCUUCCGAAGAAGAGCGGAAAAGCAGCGAAGCAGACUGGACCGAGUAUGGAGUACUAGCUGCAUUGACCACCGUCACCCUUCCGGCAUCCCCUCGGCACUGCUCGGCAUGGCAUGCUCGGAACAUUUCGGUAUACUUCGUCAACCUGUUGGCACGCUAUUGUAGGCGGCUCGUCCACACUUUUCACCCAUCGGCACAUCAUUGCGGAGUCAUAUUCAUCUUCUCAGCAUCUCUAGAUGUUUGCCCCUCAUCCGUUUAGAAACUCUCCGGCCUUCUUCCGCCACCACAUCGUCACUUCUUCGCUAGCCCUCGUUUUCAUUCGUCAUAUUUACGUCACCAUUCUUGGUAUUCGUCAUCCUCGCGAUAACUUUCGUCAUCUUCUCAGUACCUUGUGACGUCUGCCUUCAUCAGGUUAGAAACACACCGUUCUUUCGUCAUCAUCUCGUCACUCUUGCUUGCCAUCGAUGUCUUUCGUCAUCUUUUUCGGCACCAUCUUCGGCAUUCGUCAUCCUCUCGAUAAUUUUCGAAAUCUUGUGUAUCUCUACACGCCUAUUAUCAUCCGGUUAGAAACGCAUCGUUCUUUCGUCAUCUCUUUAAUCUUUCGCUAUCCCUCGUCUUUUGUCAUCUUUUCGGCAACAUCUUCAGCAUUCGCCAUUUUCUAGAUAGCUUUCGUCUUCUCAGUACCUCUUGACCAUGUUGACGCCUGUCGUUGUUAAUCCCUCGUCAUAUUUUCAGCACCGUUUGGGCACGCUCGGAAAACUAUCUCGACAGACUCUCGUCUUCUCGGCAUCCUUUCGACACACUCAUGACACUACUUUGCCACCACCUCACGACACUACUUUGCCACCACCUCGAAAGGGAAGCCUUCUUCUUAAGACGCCGAGUAGCAUUUUGGUUCACACGAUUCGGGAGACUUUAAAUUUGUUGGGUAACCUGUGAUAUCCCAACAAGUAACUGCAUCGCGAACCGUUAAGGUUUCUAGCUUUCCAUGAUUAUUGUCUCGACAGGCUCGAAACAAAUAUCUAAAAAGACAUAGUUAUUGCUCAUAAAUCGGCCCUGUAUUACGAGAUUGAUCUUACGUAAAAUAUACAUUUGAGAUUAAUCACAGCGUUGCAAUUGAUCCGAGUCGAUCACAACUCUCAUGAUAAUGGGUUCAGAAUCUCGUCGGUGGGAGCGAGUUUACAAUGAUCAUAAUGAAGAAAUCAUCUUAACAUCUCAGAAUUAUCGCGCUUUGACCAAGAAAGCCUGUCAAAGUUGCGAAAUACUGAAACUGUGUGCACGAUUUCAGAUGAAAAUGCAUACUUUGCCAAACAUUUUACCAUUUCUGAUUGAAAUACUGUAUAGUGGUAUGAUAAUGUAUAAAUUGCCAUUUCAGAGAACAAUUCUUGCAUUCAUUUGAUUAGUUUUCGGCUGUGUACGAUGUUCCAAUCUCCAAACACAGUUGUCGACAAAAUGGCUUUGAUCUGUUAAAUAUGUUUAGAGUAAGUCAAGAAAAUUUUAUUCAUAUUGCAUUUUUAACGAUUUUGGUUUACGGGAGUGAACGUUUUAAACACAUACUUCAGACAUUUAGGCGUCAUAUAUUUAAAAAUAUCAACUUUCUUCUAGAUAUCACUCCCGUUUUCUGUAGAUAAUUAAUAUUCAUGAUAGGUAGUGAUAGUAUUUUUGUUUCUUGUUCUCAGUUGCAUGUGGGACUGUUGUGAUGUUUUUUUUUUUGCGUUAUGUAUGUAAUAUCUGUUAAAUAAAGUUUUAUCAAAAAAAAAA